CUCGCUCGUCACUUGUACUAUUAGGGCUCACCAGUAGCUCAUAUCGGCAGCAUAAUCAAGUCGACACACCGUCUCAUAAGAUUCUUCAAAAAGGCUCAAGGCCUUCAAUUUCCAUGUCGUGUACCCAGCUCGCGUACCCAACAACUAAUCUUGACCUCCCUCUGGAAGUGAUUGGCGGAAUUGUCCAACACAAUCGCUAUGAUGUGCCUGCCUUAAAAUCUUCGUCUCUCGUUUCAAAAUCAUGGAGGGUAGCGUCUCUUCGAUACCUAUUUUCCUAUGCCAAUUUUUCGUCACCAGAGGAUCUGUCACGUUGGACGAAUAUUGGUUUAUCUCUCCCUCAUGUCAUCAAGUUCGUUCGAGUAGCCAGAUUUUCACCGGGAGCACGUCUCAAGGAUCUGGAACUCAGUAUACUAGACGACCAAUUUCCCCCGUCCUUACCUGACUCUGAGGAGCGUCUCGCUGCUAUUGAACGUAUUUUGUCGGACCCUUCAGUUCGUAAUACCAGCAAUCCGGCCAAUAUUCUCCUCCCCACAAUGCCUCAAGUGACAGAAUUCAUUUGGAGCACGUCCCAGACUCGUGUCAUUCACGUUACGCCGGAAACGCAGCAGUUAGUCUCCGCAUUUAUCUCUGUUGAAGCUCUCAUAUUUUCGGGCUCGUUCAUCAACGUCGCGCACGCCAAGGCAUUCUUCGGACUAUUUCCCCCUCUCAAGGUGCUUCAAAUGAAUCGCGUUAAAAUCUCAAGUUCGCUUUCAUCAGAUUCCGACCCUCCCUUUGUCUUCACGGGUAACUUGACCAAACUCGAGGAGUUGAUCAUUGAAAAGGCUCUGACGCCUUUAGAUUGGCUCGUUUACGAGGUACUCGCAAUUUCGCGCCCUUCCGAUCUUUGGUACAUCGCGUACUCAGACGCUUCCACUUUCUCUACCGACGCAUUGGGCUGCCUAUUGAGUCUUUGCGCCCUGUCUCUCCAGGAACUUUCUAUUCCGGCUCAAGCAGCAUCUGAAUUUCCGACCUUUACUACCCCCGCUUUCACCGAGCUCGUGUCACUCACUUUGAGUAUCGAGCUCGAAACGCAGACACUACUACCUGACCUUCAAUUGUGCACGAACACGCUAGAAAUUCUACCUUCUGCCCCACAACUCACUGAAUUUGUACUACAGUUAUAUGCCUAUUCCUCAGCGGAUAUGAUUGCCAUAAUGGAGGAAGACUUCUUUGAUUGGACUCGUUUAGCAGAGACUGCCCUGCGGCGUUUCCCGACACUCGAGACGUUCGUGUUCCGGGUGUCUAUGGAUAAGGAAUUCGAUCCGAUCGAAGCAGAGGCAAUCUACAUGUGUGUGCCAACGGCACUCCUCGACAUAUUGGGACAGAAAGUAGUCGUGGAAUGGAUUGAGAGCUAUGGUCGGAGGCAACGAUGGGAACUUCUUUGACGAAGAC